AUGCUUAUCGAGUGUGAUGGUCGAUGGAUUUCGGCAGUUGUUAUCGCGGAAAGUUUUGCUGCUUCCGCACUCCACUGCGUACCGGACAGCUUCCGAGUAAAUGGUAUGGAACUUUAAGUUAAGCUGCAAGCAGUGGAUUGUAGGAUUCCUAGAACCUCUGAAUAAAGAUCAAAAUUGUCAAUACAUUUCAGGCACGCCGAUGGUUUUCCACGAUGAGCAGGGAGAGCUGCACAGUGUGCAUGUACAUGGAUCAAGCACGAUUUCGGACUACAUUGUCUACAAGAAAGACGAUGGCUUAUUCAAGAGUGUACCAGAACUGACGUCUCCGCAGCUUAUUGACAAGUAUCUUGUCAUGGUAAGUAAAUUAACCUUACCUAUUUAUUCAGAUUAAUUAUAAGUAUAAUUAAUAGGAAAAACAUUGUAAAUUAUUUUUUAUAAAUCAUCAUUCAUAUUAAUAUUGCUUCAUUUUCAGGGUUGCGCGUUCGGUGAGAAGACUAUGUCUGUCCGCUGUGGGCGCAUCUCUUCGGUCUCCACCGGUUAUCGUGGUUUCUUCUACGGCGAUAGUGGAGGUCUUCCUGGCUUCAGCGGAGGUAGUAGUAGUAGUAGUACACAGAAAGUACAUAAAGUAGUAGUACACAAAGAAAAAAAUGUUUGUAUACAACCAAUAUAUUGGCAUUUGACAACCAAAUAAUCGGUUACCGUUUUUUUUCUGUGUGUAGUAGCAUUUAUCGUAUUUUUGAGGUGGGGUAUUCUGCGCACGAAACGGCUUUUUGAUGGGAAUCACAAGAGGAAGUGAUUAUGAUGGACAGGAGACGAAACAGUAUGGUGACGUACUAGAGAUGAUUUCCGCUCCACGUGAGUAUAAAUUUGAUAUAGAGCCUUUUAUAAAUUUCAUUUUUUUAGUCAUUCUCAGCCACAUUGAAUUCGCCAAACACGAGCCGUUCUCCGUUUAA